AUUCACUAGGUAUGCUGUGCUGUAAUCAGUGUAUUGCUCAACUUCCCCUGAUAAGACCUUCUCCUGCCCAUGGGCUCGGUCAUAUAAAGUGUUGAGAGAGAUAGCCAGAAUCUCUCAAAUUCUUCAGUCAGACACCCAAACGCUUUCUACAGUGAGCAGCCAUGCCAUCCGAGCUAGAGACCGCCAUGGAGUCCCUCAUCAUGGUUUUCCACCGCUACGCUGGAAAAGAGGGCAAGACCGGCACCCUGACCCGCCGUGAACUCCGAACCCUGAUGGAGAACGAGCUCUCUGGGUUUCUCAAGUCUCAGAAGGAUCCGACCACCAUAGACAGAAUUAUGAAGGACUUGGAUGCCAAUGGAGAUGGGGAGGUGAACUUUGAGGAGUUUGUGUCUUUGGUUGUGGGUUUGUCCAUCGCUUGUGAGGCGUGCUAUAGAAUGCAGUUGUUGAAGAAGACACCGAGCUGGAAAUGAAGGGGGAAAUUAUCCAUGCAGACAAACUGUAAAGUUGAUCCCGUUGUCUAUUAAAAUAUCUGAUUGUUUUUUAUUUUUAUUUUGAGUUUGUGUUUGUGUGUACAUCAGUAACGGAUGAAAACCAUAAAAACUUCUUUCGCUGGUAGGUUAAAGUACAGUGGGUGUGUAUGACUCUUUGGCCUACAGAUAGUAUUCUUUGAGCUUUACACUGUCUGUACUGAAAGCAAAUGUUUGUAUUUAAAAUAAAGCUUUAAAAUAUUAAAUCGUC